CCCACAAACCGCUCAGAGCCCACCCUGUUCCAAUACAAUUCUUGCAUUUUGGACGUGGUAUUGAGUUGCCUUGGGUGCAUCGGCUCCGUCUGAGUCGUUGUUUAGUUGGUGCAGGCCUGGGUUGACACGAAUCCCGCCAUGUCCCCUCGGCGGUCCUCUCGUGCACGCACAACCCAACCUGCCACCGGUCGUCAUCAGACGAAUUCGUCAGCGUCCUCAACUUCAUCCACACGAGUAGAACGGAAUACACGCUCCUAUAACAAGAAUAACUCGCCUCAAAAGUCUACCCCACCUCAUUCCCGCUCUUCAGAAGAGAUUGACAGCCUGGCUGGUCUCGGCGAAGCGCCUCAGACUCGACGGCGAAGGCGCGAUCACGGAGACGCCCAAGAAGACGACAACAUGGUGAGGCGAAACGAACGCAGUAUUGAAGAGGAAGAGGAGGAGGAAGAAGAAGAAGUCACUCGUUGUAUUUGCGGGCAGCUCGAGUAUCCUGGCCCUCCCGUCUCGAUUCGCGAGCUGAACCUGAAAGCCGAAGGCGACCAUGGCGUCUCGGCAUUACCGCCAGAGGGCCUCCCGGAAGAUGCUGGGGGCCUCUUCAUUCAAUGCGAUAUUUGCAAGGUCUGGCAACAUGGUGGUUGUGUUGGGAUCAUGGAUGAAGCUAUGAGCCCGGAAGAAUACUUUUGUGAGCAGUGUCGGCGCGACCUACACAAGAUCGUGACCGGCUCCAAUGGUCAAAAAUCAUCCCGGUACCUCCCAGUGGUGAGCGUAUUUUCACCGAGACUUUCGCGAGCUGGUUCCACGUCCAAAGAGGCGGAACAAAAGAGUACGCGGGACAGCAAGGCCUCCCGCCAGAGUGCUGCAGCGCUGAGCACGAAACGCCGAUCGACAAUGAACAGCCGCGACGCUGCCUACGACGAAGAAGAACAGCUUCGGAGAGCCAUUGAAGAGAGCAAAGGGGAGGGUAAAGCGACAAGCACAGAUAAUGGCAGUAGGAGAGGCAAACGGGGGCGUAGCGACAGCAGUGAAGAGCCUAAACAGGACACCAAGCGCCAGCGUACCAAUUCGGCAUCUCCAUCGCCCCCAUCCCGUCCCAACAACUCCACGCCACACAAUGGCGAAUCCGAUGACGAAACUCCAAGUAGAUCCAAUGGAGGGCCAAAGAAGGGCCGUGGUGCGGCUUCGCGCAACCAGCGCGACAGGGAAUCGAAAGACAAGGAACGAGAGAGGGAGCGUGCCGACGCCGCUGGCCGACGUAAAGGACGCGCGGAGCGUAGACGAAAUGAUGGUGCGCUCAAUGCCUCUUUGAAGCUAAAGAGAACAAGUGCUCAUUUGCCUUCAGAUCUAGAUGCCCAAGACGAAGCUCCGCCCUCUCGAGCCGGGUCGAAUAAGAACGGACAAGAAAACGUCUCAUCGCUCGACGUGCUUGCUUCGGCCGUCCCUCCAGCAGGUACUCCGCCACCAGCUGCACUUGCCUCCAUCACGACAUCGCACCGGAAGACAGGCCGACCACCAGCGCGGCGAGGUCGUGUGGGUCGUAAUCAAUACACUAAAGAUCGUGAAGGUGAUCUUGACGGUUCGCCGGAUCGCUCACAUUCUCGUGAUGCUGGGGGCGCUGAUGAUGUUGGUUCCGGGAUCAAUGGCUCAGUACCAGUGGAGUCUGGCAAACCAAGCAAACCACGCUAUAUCAACCCACAUCGAACUACAAUGAAUGAGAUGAAGCGUCGUGUUGCUGGAAUCCUAGAAUUCAUCUCUAGAACGCAAGUCGAAAUGGCAGGCGAGACAACUCCUCCUGGAGGGACGAGUUCUACGCCUUCCGUUGUUGCCCAGACGACAACCGUUUUCCAGAGCAACGGGCCUUUGCUCACAUUGAACGGUGCCGAGAAAGAAUUCGGUGACCUCAAUAGCUUGGAGAUGAUGGAUGUCUUGACCCGAAAAUUAGUUCUAUGGCAGAAGGAGUACGGAAAAUAUGGAGAGAAAUGAACGAUGCGAGCACUGUCAUGGCGACCGACCACCACUCCACCACAACCAUUUGGUACAUGGCAUGUACCUUUUCAGCAUCCCUCUUUCCAGAUUGUAUGAACCACUAUCUUCUCAUCCUCAUCAUUCAGUUCCGCACCGGUUCUAUCCCACGCGCCAUCUUAGUACUCACACAAUGGUAUUGGAUAUGGUCUGUCCCAUCUCUAGUCCCAGCCGAUUGGACUAAGCCAAACAAAAGCUCUUUGCUUUUCUCUUUUUGCUCC